GUUCUAUCUAUCCAUCCUAUUCUCUGCGUCAAAACCGAACCAGAGGCAGAGAUGGACCCUCAGCCGACGAGCAAGCCACCCCCGCGGGGCAAAAGUGCUGUGCCAUUGAUGUAUGGCAGCUUCAUCACCUACCAGUUGCUUGCGCUUGUCUUCAUAUGUCUCCGAUUCUACUGCAAACGCAUGGUGAGGGCCAAAUGGUACUAUCUGGAGGACUUUAUGCUGAUGGGGUCUUGGAUCCUCGAACUAGUCUACAUAUCCCUAGCCCUCUGGCUCACCGGCUACGGCUACGCCGUCCCCAUUAUGGACAUCCUCGCCAAAGACCCGAACUACCUAAACACCAAACUACCCACCCUCCUGCGGUGGUCACCGCCCGUUCUCUUCUUCGGCGUUUGGAGCACCGCUCUGUGCAAGAUCUCCUUUGGCCUGACCCUCCUGCGACUCGUGGAAAACGUGGAAAUAUGGCAGACUGUGGCGCUUUGGUUCUUGCUUGUGACGACUACGGUUUUUACGCUCGUCAUGAGCGUGAUUAUGUUCUUCCAGUGCAUGUUUAGCGGGUUUGCGAGUCCGAUUGUGAGUCAGGGGGUUUGUAUUGGGGCGAAGGUUGUUUAUCAUUAUACGACCUUUCAGUGUGUUUAUCAGGCUUUUAUAGAUUUUGCCCUAGCAGCUGCCCCCACAAUAGUAAUCUGGAGAACCAACAUCGGCAACAAGCGGCAAAGGUUGAUAAUCAUCUCUGCCAUGAGCCUAGGUUUUAUUGCCGGCGCCAUAGGCAUAGCAAAAACAGUCGUAAACGCCAAAGUCCAAGAAAACGGGGACACCUACGGCAUCGGCGUAGUCCUAGUAUUAUCUCAAGCCGAAGUAAGCGCGGCAAUCAUAGCUGCUUGCGUUCCCUUUUGUCGACCGCUGGUGCGCAAGUUCGCUGCUUCCAAGGAACAACACGGAGAUGAGGAGGCUGGGAGUGGGAGCCCGGAGCCGGCGGAAGGGAGGGGGACUAUUGGAGGAGGGGGAGGAAGAGGAAGAGGAGGAGGAGGAGGGAAUAGGAAAAUGCCUGGUGAGUCGCUGCUUAGAAGUGAGGGGGAGUGUGAUGUUGAAGGAGAGGGUGAGUCGGGCGAUGAUGAUGCGGUUGCGGGUUUGGAUGGGGAUGGGGAUAGAGGUGGUGAGAGUGGUUCGCGGGAGGGAAAUGGGGGAAGUGACAAGAAGCAAGGGGUGGUUUUUGUGCAUGCUGCGAACAGAUAG